AUGUUGCCGAGGAUAGAAGCAAAUACGUUCAUCGGGGCACCUCAACUCAAGUCAAUCAAGCUUCUCUACAACAAUCUUCAGGUGUUCGAUCGGUACGCACUAAACGGAACAGAAAACCGACUCCGAAACAUCUAUUUGAGCAGGAACUCACUGAGAGUCAUCGAGAACGGAACCUUCCAACUCGUACCAAAGCUCGAGGUCAUUGACCUGUACCAAAACAGUCUUUCUCAACUCACUUCCGGUGUCUUCCAACAUUUAAAGAACCUCGAGCGUCUUUUCCUCGGCAUGAACAAACUGGUUAAUCUUCCUGAGGAUAUCUUCAAAGACCUUUCAUCUUUGGUCUACCUAGACCUGUCCAACAAUUCUCUUACGACUCUUUCCAUUGAUCUCUUUGCACAUAUGGAUUACCUAAUGACCAUUGAUCUCUCUGGAAAUCGAUUGAUUUCUAUUGGUAAUGUUCUUCAUCUACCGAAUAUUCGUUUGGAUCUAAGAUGGAACAAUCUUCAUCAACUUGACAAUUUGACCUUGGAGAUCUUGACAAGCAACGCCGAAAUUCUGUUUCUGAAAGGCAAUCCUUGGCAUUGCGACUGUAGUUUGGAGCCAUUGCGUCAAUGGUAUCAACAACUAUCCAUAAGCAACGAGAAGGACGUCAAGAUUGAUAAUCCAGUAUGUUCAUACCCGAGCGAAUUAGCAAAUCACACUGUAAAUGACCUUGAAGUGUCUCUGUGUAUUGAGAUACCAGCAAGCAGUACAGAAACUUCUGCAGAAACUUUUACCACGAACCUGGGCAUUUCCGAAUCUGGACAUCGUGGAAUGAUCAGGGAUUUUACUUUCCAAAAUGUCACAAGGAGAGCUGAAAAACUUCGAACAGAUGAUAAAUUGCCUUUGGCUGUGAUCAUCGGACUUGUAGUAGCAUUUUUGGUAGUGACAUUUAUCAUAAUGCUCAUAUUUAUACUGAUCCGUAAAUUCCGAAAACCGAACAAUCCUGCCAAUCCUGAUAACAAAGCCUUUGACAGUGGCACGGACGAAUGCAGUUCACAAGUUCAUGAUAGCCCCAUGGUCACAGUAAACGUUCGUAUGUCGGAUCGUAAGCUCCUCCAAGGCUUCCCUUUCCGUAAUAAUUUUGCAAAAAUAGUCAUUUUCAUGACAAUAAAUAUAAAGAAAAUGGAGGUUCAAUCUUUGAAUAAGUUUUUACAAAUCUUGAUCAUACUAUUCAUGUGCCGUAUCACCGAAACUCAACGUUCUUCGCCAUGCCAUCGUAAAUGUUCAUACGUCGAAGCUUUUCAACAGGCGAACUGUGAAUACAGAUCAUUGGAGAAUAUUCCACUCGAAUGCAAUGCUGCUUCAUAUCUUUCUCUUCGUUACAACCACAUCACCAGAAUACGACCCGAGAUUUUUAGAGGUUUUCCUUUUCUGAAAUACCUCUUACUGUCAAACAACAACAUCUCACAUAUCGAAGCAAAUACGUUCAUCGGGGCACCUCAACUCAAGUCAAUCAAGCUGCUCUACAACAAUCUUCAGGUGUUCGAUCGGUACGCACUAAACGGAACAGAAAACCGACUCCGAAACAUCUACUUGAGCAGGAACUCACUGAGAGUCAUCGAGAACGGAACCUUCCAACUCGUACCAAAGCUAGAGGUCAUUGACCUGUACCAAAACAGUCUUUCUCAACUCACUUCCGGUGUCUUCCACAAUUUAAAGAACCUCGAGCGUCUUUUUCUCGGCAUGAACAAACUGGUUAAUCUUCCUGAGGAUGUCUUCAAAGACCUAUCUUCAUUGGUCUACUUAGACCUGUCCAACAAUUCUCUCACAACUCUUUACAUUAAUGUCUUUGCACAUAUGGAUUACCUAAUGACCAUUGAUCUCUCUGGAAAUCGAUUGAUUUCUAUUGGUAAUGUUCUUCAUCUACCGAAUAUUCGUUUGGAUCUAAGAUGGAACAAUCUUCAUCAAAUUGACAAUUUGACUUUGGAGAUCUUGACAAGCAACGUCGAAAUUCUGUUUCUGGAAGGCAAUCCUUGGCUUUGCGACUGUAGAAUGGAGCCAUUGCGCCAAUGGUAUCAACAACUAUCCAUAAACAACGAGAAGGACGUCAAGAUUGAUAAUCCAGUAUGUUCAUACCCGAGCGAAUUAGCAAAUCACACUGUAAAUGACCUUGAAGUGUCUCUGUGUAUUGAGAUACCAGCAAGCAGUACAGAAACUUCUGCAGAAACUUUUACCACGAACCUGGGCAUUUCCGAAUCUGGACAUCGUGGAAUGAUCAGGGAUUUUACUUUCCAAAAUGUCACAAGGAGAGCUGAAAAACUUCGAACAGAUGAUAAGUUGAUCAUCGGACUCGUAUUAGCAGUUUUGGUAGUGACACUUAUAAUGCUCAUAGUUAUACUGAUCCGUAAAUUCUGUAUGUUUCAAGAAGAAAAACCGAACAAUCCUGCCAAUCCUGGUAACAAAGCCUUUGACAGUGGCACGGACCAAUGCAGUUCACAAGUUCAAAAUAGCCCCAUGGUAAUUAUUGUCAAUGAGUUAAAAGACAGUCCAGUCGAUUCACUGAGGACGACUAAUGAAAAAACGCCAUUAAAAAGGAGCAGUGAUUGUCCUGGAGACAAAGAACUGACACCGAGAAAAGACAUUAUCACACAAGAGGAAAAGAAAAAAUUCAAAAAAAAAUUGGUGUUUGCCUAA